AGCUCGCCCUUUCGGCCCGAGCAGCUUCCGCCGGAGGCCGCGGCCGUUGCGUGCCCUCCGAGGCGCUCGCCCCGAGCUGCCCGCCCCGGCGCUGCCGCAGCUCGGCGGCCAGACAGGCGGCCCCUCUAGGGGCCCAAACCCUUUCGAGCCAUGGCAGAGUUACGACGGAAGGGGGUGAUGGGGGAAAUGCCAGGAAGAGGAUGGGGGGGCACAGGGGCGUCGUGGCGCUCGAGGCUUCUGGCGGCAUGGACCACGAGGUCCAGCGCGCGAUCAAUUCGCUCGACGAGAGGACGCUGCGCAAGUUGCAGUCCAGCAACAAAGGGGUCGCGAGGCGCAUCGGGAGUCUGCUGGAGCGCGUGUCCAAGGCCGAGAAGCUUCAGCUCGACUUGUCGGUUGCUUCCGGCGCCGAGACCACCUUCGAGCCCCUCUCGCCACGGAGCGUCACGAGCAAGAGGAGUAAUUACAUUGGGACGGAGUGGGAGAUCAGGCCGCAGAACGGGACCAACUCUAAUGCCAAGCAAUUGCCGAACUCAUUCAAGGAGAUGACGGGGCCCCGAAUGAAAACCGAUGAAGACCAGAAGCAGCGGGCCUACGCGAUAUUCCUGUCCGUCACGCAGAAGAAUAUCAAUUGCGUCGGAAUUCACACGUGGAGCUUGUGUGCGGCUACCCGGGCCAACAGGAGCUUUUGCAGCGCAAUCGCCGCGAUGGUUCCAUCCAUUGUUCUCUUGGUCUUGCAGUGCUUCGUGCUCCACGCGGUCAGCAUCGACUCUUUGCACCCGCCCUGCACGAACAACUGGGACUGUCACGCGGGCAUGUGGUGCGCGCCCAGCCGUGGCCCAGGCGGCUACACAAGCACCCCAGGCAUGUGCGACGACUGCAAAUGGGCCAACCUGCUCAGCGUCCAGGACUACACCAACCUUCACCAGAGGUACGACACCGACGCGUACCAGGCCGCAUCCAGCUCCUUGGCUGCUGCUGUCUCGUACUGCAAUGCUGAGGACGCCUUUCCAGAUCGCUGUGACUUCGUCGUGGAUUUCCGCAAUCAGUUGACGCUCGGUGCGUUUCUGGUUUUUUUUUUUGUCACGUGGCUUGUGCUUGUGUUUUACGUUGUCGACAUGGACAAGCAGACACUGAUCACCGAUGUGUUCGCCUUCCGCGUCGAGCACGUGGCCUCAUUCGGACCUGCCCAGGCUCGCGUCAUCCAGGCGGUGGCAUGGGUGAUCUUCAACUUCAGGAAGUUCGUCCUGCCUGGCGUGGUCGCCUACUCGUUCGCGAGCCUCGUGCUGGCCUCGCCCUCGCUCCUGGGGCUGUCCCUGCCCGUGUGCUUCGUGCUCGACGGCCUGGCGAUCGGCUUCGUCUACAGCAUCGACGGCGUCCUCGCCUGGGCCCUCCUGGACGGGAAGUCCCAGGGGCUCAUCCGCCAGGCCUUCGCCGACAUGGAGGCGUACCAAGACCAAGACGAGGAACACGACCCUCUGGCGGAGGCCUGGCUCCCGUACUUCGGAAACCGCCUAUUGGCCUUCUGCUUCGGCACCCUGAUCCUGGUCGGGGCGCUGGCCACCGAGACGAUGAUGGACGAGGUGCCGCUGCUCGUGGAGAGCCCCUCACCGAGGGCCUGCACCAACGUCGGGGCCGCGCUCAGUAUGGCCACGGCGAUCCUGGUGAUCUUCCUCAUGCUCGUGUGGACGUGCACACUCCAGGCCGGCAGCUUUGCCUGCCAUUGGACCGGGGCCCUCGACGUGGUCCUCAGCCCAGUGGUCGCGUUGGUGACGCUGCCGAUGCUGGCCCUCGUCUUCACGAGUGUGGGAUACGCGCCGAUUUAGUUGCUGCUGGUGCUUCUCCUCCUUCGCUCUCGUUUUCACGCUGGCAAUCCUUAGUCAUCCUCCCCCUCCCCUUCUCCCUUCUCCAGUCUCG